CUGCUGAAAAUUUCGCAUUUAUAUUAAGAUCGCACCGUAUUGUGGUAGUUAUUUCCAACAAAUUGUGGCUCUUGGUCGAUAUGGUGGUCGCAAAAAAAUUCGUUUUAGCAAGGCAAUGCCAAGGCUUUCCGAAGGAAAGCGACUUCGAGCUGGUGGAAGAAGAGCUGCCGCCACUAAAAGAAAAUGAAUACCUGGCAGAAGCGGUCUAUUUGAGCGUGGACCCCUACAUGAGAGGAUACAUGCCUAGAGUGAAGCUAAACACCACUAUGUAUGGAACGCAAGUGGCCAAAAUAGUGGAAAGUAGAAGUCUCAAGUUUCCCGUUGGGCAAUAUGUGCUAGGUCCGUUUGGCUGGAGAACGCAUACAGUAGUACCGGAAAAUGGACCAACGUAUGUCGGAAUGGAGACUUAUCUUUUGCCUGAUUUCCAAGGACUGCCCAUUUCGUUGGCUUUGGGAGUAUUAGGAAUGCCCGGAAAUACUGCAUUAUUUGGACUUUUGGAACUGUGCCAACCCAAAGCAGGCGAAACUGUAGUGGUGUCAGGGGCAGCAGGAGCUGUUGGAAGCCAUGCAGGCCAAAUCGCCAAAAUCAAAGGCUGCAUAGUGAUUGGCAUAGCAGGUUCCGACGAAAAAGGAAAAUGGCUCACCGAAGAGCUGGGAUUCGACUAUUUUAUAAACUACAAAACCCAAAACGUUGAGGAGGAAUUGAGGAAAGCGGCCCCUCAAGGAGUGGACUGCUACUAUGAUAAUGUCGGAGGAGAAAUUACAACUACUGUACUAAAUCAGAUGAAUGCUUUUGGACGAGUCGCCCUCAGUGGAUCGAUUUCCUCUUACAAUUCCAUCGGCCCUUUUAAAGUGACCACACCCAAUCUCACCAUUGUCCUGCAGCAACUGAAACUCGAAGGAUUUAUCGUUACCAGAUGGAACCACCGAUGGAUGGAAGGAAUUCAACAAAAUCUGCAGUGGAUCCAACAAGGAAAGCUCAAAUACCGAGAGACUGUGACCGAAGGUUUCGAGAAUAUCUUUAAGGCAUUCACUGAUAUGUUAGAAGGUGUUAAUGUGGGCAAAGCCAUUGUGAAGGUUUGAGUUAAUAAAAAGUAACAAAAA